AAAAAUUUCUUUUGUUUGGAUCGCCACUGUUCUGUUUGCUGGCUGAUUUCAUCAUUCCUUCUUGUAAGUUGGACAUUCUAUGUUGUGUAGAUUCUGUCCAUUCAAAACUAAGGAAACGAAGAUCCUCCCUUCAAAGCCCUUCUCCGGCUACUGCUAAUAAUGUUGGCAACGGCGAUUUCUGCCAACAGAUUAUCCUCUAUCGGCACCUCCAAUCUCUUUUCCUAUCUCAAUCCACUGAACCCAUUUGUCGAACAUGUUCGCGGUUUAUGUGUAUUGCUUGGCGCUAUCCGUUACCAGUGCUCGGUGCCUUCGGUUACUCAAAUUGCAGAUGGUGCUCGAACAAAUCACCAUGAGUUUUCAAGAUGGCAUAAUGGUGGUGGAACUUUCCACAAAUCAGCUCGUGUCGACCCAACAGCAAUUAUAGAAAUCGGUUCUAUAGUUCAUUCCAAAGCUGUACUGGAUGCGAAUGUUCAUGUUGGAUCAGGAACCGUUAUUGGACCUGCUGUUACUGUCGGUCAAUCUACAAAGAUAGGGUAUAAUGUUUCACUUAGCAAUUGCACUAUAGGUGAUUCUUGUCUAAUCCACAAUGGAGUGUGCAUCGGUCAAGAUGGAUUUGGUUUUUCUGUGGAUGAGCAGGGAAGCAUGAUGAAGAAGCCUCAACUGCUGAAUGCUAAGAUAGGGAAUCAUGUAGAGAUUGGAGCAAAUACAUGCAUUGAUAGAGGCAGCUGGAGAGACACGGUUAUUGGUGAUCAUUCAAAGAUAGACAAUUUAGUCCAAAUUGGUCAUAAUGUAGUUAUUGGAAAGAGUUGCUUGCUUUGUGGACAAGUUGGAAUUGCAGGUUCUGUGACGAUAGGAGACUAUGUUACUUUAGGGGGAAGGGUAGCAGUUCGUGAUCAUGCCUCUAUCACAUCAAAGGUCCGGCUGGCUGCUAAUAGUUGUGUUACCAAGGAUAUAACAGAGCCUGGGGAUUAUGGUGGCUUCCCUGCUGUUCCGAUUCAUCAAUGGCGGAGACAAGUUGCUAAUCAUUCUCACCUUUCUAAGAAGUCGAUUUCAUAGCUAUUAUAGAUUUGCAAAGAAUCAACGAGGUGAUAUAUUUGAAAGAGUUAUCAGAACAGAAUUCUGGCCGUGAAGAUGAAGCUGAUCUUGCAACAAAUACAGGUUUUAUAGGCUAAGAAAGUGUUGCUCUUUCGCUUCCCAACAUAACGACGACAGAUGACAUUGUAGGUCUCUGAGCUGGUUCGUCUUGCACACACAGCAAUCCAAUGUCGAUGAAACUUCAAGACCUCAGUCGCCGCCACAUUUGACUUCAAAAGUAAUGAGUCCACCAACUCCAUUCCUUAUCCUUUAGACUACAUCUUCCAUGCCUGGAAUAUAUCAUAUGAAGUUAUCGAUUAAUAAUGACGUGGUUUUCUAUUAAUAAUUCUUUCAUUUAAGUCAAAGUGAUGGGAACAUUCAAAAGUGGGGAGACUCUCUCUUUUCUUAAAGUUAAAAGUCAUUUUUUCC